UCAAACACGUUCAUUUCGCUGGCUCAAAAUUUUCAAUUCAACCCAUUUGGUUUUCCAUUUAUCUACUAACUCACCUUUUUUGUUGUUUCCUUUUUGCAGAACUUUGAAUGAAGAAAUGGCGCUGUCACAUUCCAUCACUCUGCCCUUCUCCUCUUUCGUUUCAUCUAGGGUUACAAAACAUAGCUCCAAUUCAUGUUUUCUUCCCUUAAGCCUGGAUGGUGAUAGCAGAAAAAUAAGAAUCUCAAGCAGAGUCCAAGCACUCAAAUCUGAUGGUGGUAAAUGGAAGAGAGGGAAAGAAACAUCUAGUGACUCUGAUGAUGACGAUGACGAUGAUGCAACAACUGGGUCUGCUAAAAAUGACCCUUACCUUAUGAGUCUGGAGGAGAGGCUGGAAUGGAGGAGGGCGAUAAAACAGGUGUUAAAUAAGGAACCCAAUGUAGAAGAGGAAUUAGACCCUGAGGAAAAGAAGAAAAAACUGCAGAAGCUUAUGGAUGAUUACUCUCUUGUUGUGGACGAGGAUGAUCCAAACUGGCCUGAAGAUGCUGAUGGCUGGGGAUUCAGCUUGGGUCAGUUUUUUGACAAAAUUACUAUUAAGAAUCAGAAAAAGGAUGAUGACAAUGACGAUGAUGUUGACCGUCCGGAAAUAGUGUGGCAAGAUGAUAAUUACAUUCGUCCUAUCAAAGACCUAAAGACUGCAGAAUGGGAGGAGACAGUAUUCAAAGACAUAAGUCCCUUGAUUGUUCUCGUGCACAAUCGAUAUAGAAGGCCAAAGGAGAAUGAAAAAAUUCGGGAGGAACUGGAGAAGGCUGUGCACAUCAUAUGGAACUGCAGAUUACCUUCACCAAGAUGUGUUGCAAUUGAUGCUGUUGUUGAGACUGAACUGGUAGAUGCACUAAAAGUAUCAGUAUUCCCAGAGAUUAUCUUCACUAAAGCCGGCAAGAUUUUAUUCCGUGACAAAGCCAUUCGCACCGCAGAAGAGUGGUCAAAAGUCAUGGCUUACUUUUACUAUGGAGCAGCUAAACCACCCUGUUUGAAUAAUGUGACAUUUUCCCAAGAAAAUAUUCCUUCUGUUGUCACUAAUAAUCCAGUGUCCUGAAAAAUCAAGGUUCCAAAUUUUGAGUUCAUCGUGCUGAAAUAUUUCAAGGUAAAGAUGCCUCUGACAUUAGCCUUUGUAUAAUGAAUGCAAGGGGAAUGUAUAGCUCUAUUGAAUGCACAUAAUAUGAUAAGAGGCAAGAAAUUUGUUAGGGCUGGCUCUUUUGAUGACUGUUCAUGGAUGCCAACAGAGGAAAUGAGCAUUACACUUAGCUUGUUGGGAUGAAAGAAUAAAUGAACAUGGAAGAUGAAAAUUCGAGACAAGGUGA